UUCCGGCCGGCGGAGGCGGGGCCUGGCGCACACUGUGGGGAGGGACUUGGAGGGCGACCCUGACCCCAACCCGGGUCGUCGCCGCACCCCCUCCUCGCCCCCGCGCCCACCGGAAUGGCCCGGCAUGUGUUCCUCACGGGGCCCCCAGGAGUUGGGAAAACAACGUUGAUCCAGAAAGCCAGUGAGGUUUUAAAGUCCUCUGGUGUGCCUAUCGAUGGAUUUUACACCGAAGAAGUCAGGCAGGGAGGGAGAAGAAUAGGAUUCGACGUUGUCACCUUAUCCGGCGUGCGGGGAAUUUUAUCUAGAACUGGCUCAGAGCCUCCUCCCGGAAAACGCGAGUGCCGAGUCGGGCAGUAUGUGGUGGAUCUGACUUCCUUCGAGCAGCUGGCCCUUCCGGUCUUGAGGAACGCAGGUCCCAGCAGCGGCCCAGGGCGGAGAGUGUGUGUCAUCGAUGAGAUUGGAAAAAUGGAGCUCUUCAGUCAGCCUUUCAUCCAGGCCGUUCGUCAGGUGCUGUCCGCGCCAGGGACUGUGGUCCUGGGCACGAUCCCAGUGCCUAAAGGAAAGCCGCUGGCCCUCGUGGACGAGAUAAGAAACAGGAGCGACGUUCAGGUGCUCAGCGUCACCAAGGAGAACAGAAACCACCUUCUGCCAGAUAUCGUGACGUGUGUGCAGAGCGGCAUGCAGUGAAGACAGCCCGCGUCCCUGCUUCGUGCCCUUGAAGAGAUGGGCUGGCUCGCGGGGCCUCCUCGGGGCCCUGCCUGUCCAGGACGUAGGCCGUCGGGCCCACGAAGCCUUAUGGGCUUUUCCGGAGAAAGCCUGACAGGUGUUCUCCAGAAAAAUGUUUAAAACAUCAAUGAGCCUUCACACAGGACUGGCGCUCUGCGAUCAACAGUCCACCGUGGCUUCUUUGUGCCGAGGAGGUUCUGUUUAUUUCCCCUUGCAGUGGUGCAUAUGAUUUUGGUAAAUUGUGGAAUGGGAAAUGGCUGUCAGAGUAUUAGAUGGCACCUGCCCCCACCGAAGUUGAAAAGCGGGUCCCCGGGAAGGGUGAGGGCAGUGGCCGCGACCAAAUCCAUUUUGCAUGUCCUGAAACCAGACCCCACUCCAGGCGCAGCCACGGCUCAGAGCGACACUGGUUAUUUGGUUUGUAAAAAUAGUUCAGGAGAAAGCCAGUUUAGGGCCUCCCCGCCCAUCUCAUUGGUUUGCUUGUUGCUUAAUAAAAUAAAAAUAAAUAUGUUGGUGCAAACACAGGAGCCCUGUGUGGGAGGAGGAGGUCCUCAGAGAUGUCGGUGGCACUCCAAGCUUGGGCCUAUGGGUUCAGGUCAGGGCCCCCACUUUGGCCACAUCAACUUAGUCGUGCCCUUAAACCAUUGCAGGCUCCGUUUCCCUUCCAGAGUACGGGGGAUGGGACAAGGGUCGUCCAAGGAAGGCGAUGCCAUGGCAUGGAGGGAAGGCGGCAGCGGUCGUCUGUGUGAUCCCCUGGGGAGGGCCCAGUGCCGGGAACUGGGGCUGUGGAGAGUAAUGUAGGAAGGUCAGGUUCAGGCUUUCGCAGGGCCACUGUGGAAAACAUGGCAGAUGGUCAGAGGGUUGGUACUAUAGUGAAAGAUAGCAUGGUGCUUGUAGGGCCUUUCUGGUGAGGAUCUGUGAAUCUCCAGGGUAUUUUGGCAACUAGCCUGCCUUCCAUACCCAGCUGGCAUGGAUGCCAGGCAUGCCCCUGUCUGUGACGGUGGCUGGUCUGGGUGUGUGGAACAAGAGGUUCUGGCACUGGGCGCACUGGACGGUGCAGGGAGCACUUGCAGCUCAGAGCCAGGACGCUAGUGGGGGUCCUCUCCUUGGUGUUUCCCCAGGGAGCCUCCCGAAGCUUGGUCUGCUUGUGCUGAGCCUUUGAGGGGCCACGUCUGAAAGGCCUAGCAGAUGAUGAACUAAUCUCUCAUUAUGGAUUCAGAGCGUGGAAGAGGGUGUCUCUGUCCCACUGUCCAUGCCUGGUUGGGUUGUUGGGCUGUCUGAGCUCAUGGUGUCUAAUAGGCUGGGUGUGACCUGCACCGGGCUCGCCGGACCCGAAGGAGCACCACACACACUGUCCGGACACCCCACUGACUCAGCGGGGAGAGGCUUCCCAGAGCCCCGGGAGCCUGGCCCUGCCUCAGCCUGCUCCCCUCUAGGCCCACAGUCCUGAGGAUCCCCACAUGGCCUCAGGUAAACAGAGAGGGCACAGGCUGGGGAAGUAUCACCUAUGUGCCCCUGAAAAUAGCCCCAACACCAGCCCUGGUGCAGCUGGUCUGCCCUGGCCGGAGGGAGCCCAGUCCCAGGGAGCCUCUACAGGCCCUGCGGGAAGGGCCUGUCCACCGAAGUGUGACGGGACAUUCUCCUCCCUGCUGCUUGUCCUUCUGAGCUGUUUUCAGUCACAACUGUGUAGAACAUGGAUUCUGUCCUAAAUUAGAAGGAAAGCUAAUGAGAUUUCCUGCAAGAGGGUAAAAUUGCUAGUUUGAGGGCACUGAGAGCUGAAAUCAGAUGUGCUGUGGAGGCUGAGAGUGCCCAGCGUGCAGAACAGAUUCGGGGCAGCCGCCAACCUGUAGAGGGGAGCGCAGGUUUCUGGACCUCUCUUUAAUGGUAAAGAAACGUGCCUUUGGUGGUAGAUACAGACUUUGAACCAAGUCGGUGUGGCCCCAAAGCCCAUGUUCUUUCCACUCCUCCCACUGCCUCCCUGUCCUUUUCCCGUGCAUCCUGCACCCCCGAUCUCGGGGCCAACCCUUCGCUGUGAUAGAUUGCAGCAACUAUAAACAUUUAGUGUUGGCUCUGGCAGGUCCUUAAACAAUUAUCGGAUUACUUUGUCAGAAUGACCAGGGGCACGUAUGAAGGUAUUAGAAACCUUCCCUGUGUUUUAAGAAAUUAAAUCUAAUAAAGGAUAAUGCGAUGGUCUGAA